UGUGUGCUGACAGUAUUGCCACCAUAUAAGUGUAAGUGAAUGUGGUGGUCGCGAAGAAAAAAAAAAUGAAUUGGAAAAUCUCUUUAAGUAGUGCAACUCAACAAACAUUGAAAACUUAAAAGUGUAAGCGAGAUGGCAAAUGACGGUGUAAGCAAGACAAAUUAAACAAGCAAAAAAGCAGCUGAAAUACAUGGAUACAUGGAUACAUCAUCACACACAAACGCAAUCACCAGAAUAAUAAUAAGAAAAGGAAUCAAAUAUUUUGUGCAAGCAGCACAGGUUGACAACAAAAAACAAUUUUUAUUUUGCAGGUUGUGCAAAAACAAGGACAGAAAAUCAUAAAUAAUUACAAAAUAAAAACGUGCAACCAAUAAAACCAAAAUAAAAAAAAACGGAAGCAUCUAAACAACAUUAAAUGUUAUACAGAAACCUAUCAAACACUCGAACUUCCAAUACCGAAACGUCGAAAAGAAAAAUUAUUUUGGCCACACGCGAAACAAAUCUCACCAAUAAAAUAUAAAAAGAAAAAAUCGAACAUAAAAUACACGCACAAAAUUUUGCGAAAAGUGGAAAUGGUUUAUAAUUUAAUUGAAGAGCAGUAAAUAUUUGAUCAAGAAAGAAAAAAAAUACCCCAACAAAAUCAACAAACAGAAGAAAAUAAUUCAGCUGUUCUUUUCCUUUUCGAUUUUCCUCGAAUACAAAUUCUGUUGUGUGUGCGUAUGCUGUGCAAAUGUGAAAUAGAUUUAGUACUUAACAAAAAUUCAACAAAAAGAUGUAAUCACUCCGGUAGAUUUUUUUGUAAAUUUAUCCAUUUUUGGCCAAAAAAAAAAGUUUAAGUUUUAUGUGUAGUAAAGGAAUCUCUCGUUGAGCAUAUUGCCAUUUAACAAGAGAGAGAGAUAAAUAGGUGGCAUUUAAUACGUGUGAAAUAAAAAAUAAUUUUCUAGUGAAAUGAUUUAUUUCCAAAACGCAACGAUUUUGUCAAUGACAAAUUAUGCAAACCAUUUUAAAUGAAGUGGAAACUGGUUAUAGAUUCUAAUUAUUGUGAUCUAAAUAACAAAUUCGUUCAUCAAGUAUGCUCAUGUCUUAAGUGAUGACAUUAUAUAAAUGUAUAUUGAAAAUAGUCGACAAACUAAUAAUUCAACAAAAUCAUUAAGAAAGUUGUAGUGUUUUUUUAGUGAAUCGUAUACCCAAGGGUAAUGAUAGACAAAGUUUAAAAUUAGACUUGCAUUCGAAAUCGAUAUCGUGAGUGAGUGUUUCAAUCGAAAUUGUGAAAGAAAAGAGAAAAUUCUGUAUUUUUACGACAUUCACCGUUUUUAGAAUAGACAAUUUCACCGUAUCUGAAUAAUAAAACAGACACAACCGAAUUAUUGUUAAAAAAAACGGCGGCACUAUCCAAAUCAUCAGCAAAACACACAGCAUGAAGAGACGAAAUGCCGAAUUUGGGAAGCUGAGAAGGCCCAUGAAACGUAAUAAAAUUGCGGAAGGAAUGUACGGAAGCAAUACAUUUUUAUACGUCAAAUAUUUGAUAUUAUGGGCCAUUGUGAUCACAGCUGAUUUCAUGUUGGAUUUUCGAUUUGAAUUUUUAUGGCCAUUUUGGUUGCUUUUACGAUCGGUUUACGAUUCAUUCAAAUAUAAAGGACUAGCAUUUACAAUACUCUUUGUAUGCAUUGCUAUCACAUCAGAUUUAGUAUGUCUGUUUUUUAUACCAGUUAGUUGGCUCUUCUUCUUGGCAAGCACCUAUGUGUGGGUGCAAUAUGUUUGGCAUGCUGCGGAUAAAGGAUUUUGUUUGCCAACCAUUUUAUUGUGGGCUCUGUUUUUGUACUUAGAAGGAGCCAUACGAUGGCGCGAUGAUAAAUCCAUUCCACAUGUUGAUUUGUGUAGGCCAUUUGCAGCACAUUGCAUUGGAUAUCCAGUAGUUACACUUGGAUUUGGAGUCAAAAGCUAUGUUGGCUAUCGAAUACGGCAUCGAAAGCAACGAGAAGUGGCUAAAGAGAAUGAAUUUUAUAUACAGCUGCUACAGUUUGCAUUGCCAAAUGAUGAGCUUCUUCAUGCACAAAUGAAGCAAUCGCCCGAGAUUCUGCAUUCUGAUAAAUUGGGUGAUAUCGAUCUUCCGGUUUCAUCAGCUAUCAUAGCACAACGAAUUCAACAGCAACAGCUAUUGAUGAUGUCCAAUUCACAUGCGCCUUCGUCGAACAAUUCCACAUCAAAUGGUACAUCGUCAGUGGUCAAUGCAAACAGUACAUCAUCAUCAUCCUCAUCAUCAUCAUCAUCAUCAUCAUCAUCAUCGUCAUCUUCGUUAAACUUUAAUCACAAUAAUAAUCACAACAUUAGAAGUAAUGGCCACAGCAAUCAUAAGGUCAAUGGUCACACCGGAAUGAACGGAUUCUCAUCGUCUGUACCUGUAACGUCCGCUCAACCUUCAUCAACAGGUACGACAUCCACAUUGACCACACAUUUUAGUCAUAAUAACAGCAGUAGCAACAAUAACAACAUGAACAGCAGUAAUUUGAAUUUAACAGCGACGCACAAUGGUUUUGGUGUAAACCAAAUGAAUCAGACACAUCAAAUCCAUCAAAAUCUUUUCAAUUCAACAUCGGUGCUGACAUAUCGAAGCAAUCGACGAAGCAUGGAUAGAAGUGACAAUAAAAUUAAUGAUACGAUUGCAACAUCAUCGUCAAUAAGAAAUACUUUGCCAUGUAAUGAUCCAAUACAGGAGGGAAUAUCACAAUCACGUUCAUUUUUCAAUAUGUGCUUGAGAAUCAUCUAUAAAAUGCUCAUGCUUAUCAAUAAUGGCUUCAGCAAACGCAGACCGAACACUUUAAAUAAUCCAAACAGUAAAUUGUCCGAAUCGCUGUUCACCCGAUUAUUGUCUCUGCUCAGAAAUAAAAUCGGUGUUGGCGGCAACAACACAGCCACCACCAUCGAUGGAAAUAACUACAGCAAAACAAUUCCAACUGACAGUGGCAUCGAACAGUCCAGUUAUGUUGAGAGUGUCGAUGAUAGUGAUCUUUUGGUCAAUGCAACAGCGAACAAGAUAACACCAUCAUAUGCACCAUCCGCACCAAUUGCUGUUGAAUUGACAACAGCAUCGAGUUCUGGCUAUUCAAGUGUGCAGCAAACAGUUGAUAUGGAAAAAUUAGUGUGCAAACAGAACGGACACACUGAAAUCGAAACUCAAAUCAAUAACGUAGAGGUUAAUUGUACAAAUAGCAUCAGCACAGAGACGACUGAACGAUGUCGAGGUCGACGAAAUCGGGGAAAACAAAAAGAUCCACAGCAGCAUGUGGCACAAGUGAACAAAGACAAUCGAAAUCCAUCACCAUUAUCACAACAGAUCGAACAUUGCGAAUCGUGCAGUCGCCUAGAAGUUGAACUGAAAAAAGUGCGCAGCGAACUGAGUCAUUUGAAGCAGAUUGAAAACGAAUUACGCCAAAAAUGCGAUCAAAACUCAACGGUGAAAUCGUGUUUGCAGGCCAAACAAAAAGAAAACGAUGAAUUAGAGAAGAAGUUACAAGAGCUUACGAGUUCACGGCAAGCCGAUCGUCAAACUAUGCAGCAAACAGAUCGAAAGUUAAUUGACGAACGACGUCAAAGGCAAUCACUAGAAACACAACUAAACAAUGAACGAAAACAGCGCAAAAUAGCUGAGGAAAAACUUUCACGUGUUGAUUGUAACGAGAGUUGUAAAUUGCGAAAACAAAUGCUGGAGAAUGAAUGCAAGCAACUGAGACGUGAUAUGUCAUCAAUUGAGGAGCUCAAAAAAUCGGCUGAACAACAGAGCAGAAACUACGAACAAGAGCUACGAAAAUUCGAAGCAGAGUUGAGAUCACGCGAAACUCGCGAAAGUACUGAAGUUCUAAUGGCAGCCCUACAAGCAAUGCAGGAUAAGAAUAAUACACUAGAAAAAAAUCUGUCGGCAGAGACACGAGUUAAGCUGGACUUAUUCUCGGCUCUUGGUGAAGCAAAGCGACAACUAGAAAUUCGUGACAAUGUCAUCCGGCAAAAGGACAAGGAAGUGGUAGAUUUGAAGUCAAAAAUAGCCCAACUGUAUGCGGUGAUGCCGUCAGUGCCAAAUGAAUCGUAUUUACCACAAUGUUCAUCGACAAGCAGUACAAUAUUACGCCUAAGUGAUACAAGUCCAGCACCUCCACUAUCACACUCGGAUUCCAUUUACAAUUCAAAUAAUGACGUGGCAUAAAGAGAACUGAACCGAACAGAACUACAUAAAGAGCACACAUGCACACAUUCGAUAUUCGUUAUUUUUUACCGAAAUCCCGUCAAACAAGAAUCUCACGAUCACUUCGUCAUUUGUGUUCCAAUCAAGAGAUCUAAGUGAUAAACAAUAUAGUUUUUUUUAGUUGAAAUAUAUUUUUUCCUGGUUCUUCUUCAACAAAGUUAGAACACUUUGCUUGCUCUUAAUUUGGUAUGUUUUUUUUUUUUUGUUUUGAAAUAUCAUUGAAAAAAGAAAUAUACUAUUGAAUAAAUGUCGAUUGGAUAAAUAUGAUCGACAUUAAAAAAAAAUAUCUUCCAUUGAAUUCCUACCAUUUUGAAAGCAAAAUUACAGAGCCAGAGCUCAAUGCACAAUCUAUAAAAUACAGUAUGUUAUAUUUGUAUAUGUUGGCAUAUACAAACUGCAGUGAUCGUGACAUGAAAUGGUCACGAUAAAUGAGCAUUUUUUUCAUGAAAAAAGUGGAUAUGAAAUUGAAGUAAAAUUAUAUGUGUAUGCGUGUGCGAACAUUUUCAUGAUAAAAAAAAUUCCUUUUAUUCCAGGAAUUUGCAAAUUGUAACAAGUUUAGAGAGAAAAGAGCACACGCACAUUGACUGAUUUUGUAUAUUUCACUACAGUGAACUUUGAGAACAAAAAAAAAUAGUUUAAUUUUUAUACUUUUAUUCAUUUAUCUGUGCUAUUUUAUGAUUUUCAAAAAGAAAUAAUCCAGAAGAAAAAAGAUAUCAAUUCAAAAUUGUACUGUACAUAUUCACUGUUGAUAACAAGUAACUUUUUCGAGACAGAAGGAGCAAGAGAAAGUGAAAGAGCAACAUUUUUUUUCAUUUGUGAUUUUAAAUAGGCGAACAAAAAUGUGAUGGGAAUACAUCUGCAGAAAUCAAGUAUAAGCAUUAAAAAAAUGUUUACUUUCAAUCCUGAAUGACUGGCAUACGAAACUAAAAAAAACAUUAAAUACUCAAUUCUUUAAUCAAAAUAAAGAAAAAAAACAGAAACCA